UGCUAAGCUAAACACUUCCAAAUUUAAAUCUGUUCAAAUUUUGAAUCCUUUGUUUUCUAAUUUUUGGCCAGUGAUCGGAUUUUCGGAUUUUUUAAAGCCAACCAUGGGGUCGAACAUCAAAGCCUCAACUCUGCUCGUGAUCUUCGUGACCUUCACCACCGUGGCUGCGCAGACUUUCCAGUACUCGCGGGGCUGGACCAAUGGGAAGCGAGCUCAUAAGAGGGACGAGGGAAACCUGGCAGGGAACCUGGAGAAAAUCCUUAGUCCGUGCCAGAUGAACAAGCUGAAGUAUGUGCUGGAAGGAAAGCCAGCGAAUGAGCGACUACUCCUCCCCUGUGACUAUCCCGAAGACGACGAAACUCCCAAACGUUACAAGAACGAACGCCAAGACCCGGUGUUUGAUAGCUUUAUUUGAAGAUCCAACAAAAUUACAGACAGCUAAGAUAAUGUUAAUUUUUAUAAGCUCAGGGUAUGUUAAUUCGUCGGUCACGAAAAAUCUAGUGUACCUGUCCUGUCGUAUUUUAAUACGCAUUUGCCAU